UUUUCCAUUUGGGGAUCUUCGCACUUCGCAAGAUCUCUCUCAUUUCUUAGUUAUAGUCAUAAUUUAGCAAAGGGUACCUUUUAAUUCAACUAAAGAGAAUAAUUUAAUCAAAUCCAGAUUCAUUUUCUCGAGAAAAAAAAAAGAUUCACAGAUUUUCUUUCUGUCCAAACACAUCAGCUCUGCUUCGGAAUUGGUUAUUUUCAUCAUGGGGUUCACUUCAAACCCUAGACUUGUCAUUCUUUUCGCCUUUUUACUUCUGGGUCUUCCUUUAAUUGCUGCUCAGGAGUCUGUAAUGGAAAAUGAGAAGGAUGAAUCAACUGCUUCGUUUAAAGAUCUUGGCCGCCGUGGCAUGAUUGUUACAAAAGAUAUUGAUGGAAAUUCUGUUAAUCUUGGGCUUCAUGUGGACUCUGGACUUGGUGUUUUUGAUGCAUUUGUUGCUAGCUUUUCCAUGAUUCUUGUCAGUGAGAUUGGAGAUGAGACUUUUAUAAUCGCAGCUCUUAUGGCAAUGCGCCACCCCAAGUCAAUUGUUUUAUCUGGAGCUCUCUCUGCUUUAGUUGUAAUGACAGUACUUUCUACUGGACUAGGCAGAAUUGUGCCAAAUUUGAUAUCUAGAAAGCAUACAAAUAGUGCUGCCACAGUUUUGUAUGCAUUUUUUGGGCUCCGGUUGCUGUACAUUGCCUGGCGAUCAGAUUCCAAAGCAUCCAACAAAAAGGAAAUGGAAGAAGUAGAGGAAAAGCUUGAAACAGGGCAAGGCAAAACUGCCUACCGACGUUUCUUUUCAAGAUUUUGUACACCCAUCUUUUUGGAGUCAUUUAUUUUGACAUUUCUAGCUGAGUGGGGGGAUCGUAGCCAGAUUGCAACAAUUGCUUUAGCAACCCACAAAAACGCCAUUGGUGUAGCAGUGGGAGCUACAAUCGGACACACGAUUUGUACGUCAGUGGCAGUGGUAGGAGGAAGUAUGCUAGCAUCUAGAAUCUCUCAAGGGACAGUUGCUACAGUUGGAGGCUUGCUUUUCCUAUGUUUUUCUUUGUCUUCUUAUUUCUACCCUCCUCUGUAAGGAUUAUAUACUACACUAACACGAUUCUUCAUAUAGUCUCUAAGCAGUUCAAAAAGCAGAUUCUAGUUUUAAGUGUAAGUUUUUGUUUAAAGUGUUUUUAUACUAACUGGUUUUACACACCAGAAAGUUCUGCUUAUUCUUUUGUAGAUUUAGCAUAUAUGCCAAUGGCCUAAAUUACUUUU